ACACAAAAAAGAACACAAACUGUAACUGCGAAAAUCCUCAAACUGGUUUUGUGUGUUCCAUUCAAUCCAAAUUCAAAACAUGCAAACUCCAUCAUUCUCUCUCACCAAAACCUUCCUCCACACACUCUCUUCAACCCACAAUCCCCUUUCCUUUCUAUCUCUCUCUCCAACCCUCCCAAAACCAUCUUCCACAACAAGAAUCAUCACAGCCCAGAAAUCCAAUCACAACAACAAUGGAAGUAUAAGAGUGAAGGGAAACAAGGAGAAUGUGUGGAGUGUUGAUAACGAACUUGCUAAGAAAGAGAAGAAGGGAAGAGGGAGGAGUAAGAAGGUAGUUAAGAGGAAUAAGAGUAAGAAGAGUGGUAGAGUUGUUGUUACUGGUGCUAUGUUGAUGGAAGUUGAAACUGUUCUUCAGACUCAGUGUAUGCAAAGGAAUAAGAAGGAACCGGUGAUAAAACCAGCAUGGAACACAUUUGCUAGCAGUCUCAGUGGAAUUUGGAAAGGCGUAGGUGCUGUUUUUUCUCCAAUCACUGCUGAAAUGGAGCCAAUGGAAAUAAGUGUCAAGAAUGAAAACCUUUACGACUGCUAUACUCUUUCCCGUAUAGAGGCGGUGCCGUCGCAUUCGGAUGAACGUACAUCUCAAAUCCAAAGGAAGGUUAAUUGGGUGACUUUGAAUCCUUAUGGUGAAAUGCCACAACAAGUUGAAGACAAUGGCAUAGCUAAGAAUGGUUCCGGUGAUCUUAAAGCUCCUAUAGUCGGGCUGCGGAAAUCCGGUGAAAAAAUAACAAAUCGUGUUUUGCCUACUUUUGAAUCCUUUGACUUCAAGAAAAGUGAUGUGAUGGAAGAAGAUGUCAUGGGCUGUGAACCUGGCCUUGUUUACUUUGAAGAUGGAUCUUAUUCUAGGGGCCCUGUGGAUAUUUCAGUGGGUGCAGAUGAUGAUUCAAAGUACUAUAUCACACCAACUUUCAAAUUUGAACAAUGUUUGGUUAAAGGCUGCCACAAAAGGAUCCGCAUUGUCCAUACUAUAGAAUUCAUAAAUGGCGGUUCAGAAAUACAGAUAAUGAGAGUUGCUGUGUAUGAAGAGGAAUGGGCCAGUCCUACUUGUGUUGAUGAUAUGAGUGAUAUGGACUUCGAUUUAAAGCCAUUUUCUCAAAGAAAAAGAACCAAGCCAUCAGAGUUGACAGGGUCAUGGAAAGUCUUUGAAAUCAGCGCCACUCCGAUCUAUGGCGAGGAGACUAAAGCGGAAGAAGAAGGCAGCAACGCCGCUCCAUAUGUCUAUCUUUGUACAGAAACUCUGAAGAAGAGGAGCUCGCCGGAUAGUGCCAACUACUUUGGCGAGGAAGAGAGGCUUGACAUGCAGGAUAUGACCGUGCUAUGGCUUCCUGGAGGCGUGACAUGUUAUGUUGAUAUCAAUAAGGAUGGUAUUCUUUGUAUUGGAGUUGGUUGGUACUCUGAUGAAGGAAUCAACCUUGUGAUGGAAAGAGAUUAUGGGUUGGAUGGAAAACUUAAAGAUGUGAGAUGGAAAUCAGAGAUGAAGAGAAGGUGGUCUAAUCCACCUAAUGUAUAAAUUGCGAGGAUUAACAGCAUGUAAAUUGUUUAGUAUGAUCGUUAUUACAAAGAAUAUUCAAUAUUGUACGUAAUUCACAAGUACAUUGAAGUUCAAAAGUUAAUGCAUGUAAAAAAGAUUAUCGCCAUUAUCAUUU